GCGGUAGACCUAUCACAUUGAACGCUUCAUUUUCAAGCUAUAUAUUUGUGCACAUUUAUUGAUUUUUUCCUCACUGUACUUUUCUUAAGAUAUGGGAAAUUUCCCUUUUCGUUUGUUUUUGAGACUUCCCUUCAUGUCCUAUUACUAUUAGUUUGAAUGCGGUUCAAUUCUCAUUGGACUGUGUAAAGAAUAAUUAUAUUUUCGCUUAUCUCGACCAUGAAUGCGAGUUUCUGAUUUAUUUUGCUUAUUAUUCUCCCGUAGGAAGGCCCUCGGGUUAUCUUGAGAUAGAAAGGGACAAUGGCAGAAACUGCAAAAUAUACAGCGGAGAAUGAAAUGGGAUGUGGUCUAAUGGGAGCAUUUUUCCACCUAAAGAGCUUGAGACCAAGAAAAUCUGUCAUGUUUCAAAGUACUCCAACUUCCAGGAAGCAACUUAAGAAUUCCAGUGAAAUCGGACGUCUGGAAUUCUUAAAAUCGGAUAAGAAUCCGUCCAAAAUCAUCGAAAAGUCAUUGGAAAAGCCUGUUUCUGCUAGGAGAAAGCGUUCAACUUCUCGUGAUCAUCAAGGUACCGGGAUAUCAGAUGCAACGAAAAGUUCAACGUCAUCCUCGAACAAUUCGAACUCUAAUGGGGCGCCUCAACUUGUGAAUUCGUCCAACACGGAAAGGCACACCAAGGGAACUUCCUUCAACUCGAGUGAUCUCAACCUGACUGUUGCUGAUCAAAGUAAAUCCGACUCAAAUGGAACAACGUAUCGAGCUUCUGCGGGUAAUGUGAUGCUUUUAGGCCAUUUGGGUAACUUGAAGCAGCAGGGGAAGCAAAGUGCAUCAAAUAGAUUGGAGGUUCAGGAGAAAAUGAUGAAGAAAUCCAAUGAAAUGACCCCUCGAUUUGGAAACAUAUUACGUAGUUUAUCAAAAAGAUUGGAUCCGGAUGUUUUGAAAUCCUUAGGGAAUGAGAAGUAUAAGCAAGCAAAGUACGAGGAGGCAUUGGCAUUAUACGACCAAGCAAUCGCUAUUGAUCCGAGCAAGGCUUGCUACUAUAGCAACAAAAGUGCAGCCUUGAUGGUUUUAGGCCGCCUCAUAGAUGCAGUUUUUGAAUGUAAAGAGGCUAUCCAGAUAGAUCCUCUGUACUUUAAUGCUCACUGUCGUCUAGGAAAAUUGUAUUUAAGAUUGGGUGAACCCGAGAAAGCAUUGUGUCACUACAAGUGCUCCGGGCGCAAGGCUGGUAAUGAAGAUAUCGUUCAAGCUCAAGCUCUCAAGACGUGCCUUGACAGGUGUACUGAAGCUCGGAAUCUAGGAGAUUGGAAAAAAUUGCUGAAUGAGUCUCAGAUUGCACUAUCCUCAGGAGCAGAUUCUGCUCCACUGAUCUAUGCAAUGAAAGUUGAGGCACUGAUGAAACUUCGUAGGCACCAAGAGGCAUAUAAGGCUAUCAAGACGAGCCCAAAUUUCAGCAUUCCACUCUGCACUCAGUUUUUCGGAUCCUCUGCCACUGCUGCACUAUUAAUCAUUCGAUCCCUGGUUUACCUGGCCAUCGGCAGGUUUGAGGAUGCUGUGGCUGCUGCUCAGAAUGCUGUAGGACUUGAUGCAAGACGUGAAUCAAGUUUGAUAGCAAAAAGGGUUAAAUUUGUGGCAUUGGCUCGAUCAAAUGGUAACCAGCAUUUUAAAGAAUCCAGGUUUUCGGAGGCUUUUACUGCAUAUACAGAAGGACUAGAACAUGAUCCUUAUAACUCGAUUCUGCUCUGCAAUCGAGCUGCUUGUCGAUUCAAAUUAGGCCAGCAUGAGAAAGCAGUAGAAGAUUGCACAGCAGCUCUUAAUGUGCAUCCCUCGUACAUCAAGGCCAGAUUGCGCAGGGCAAAAUGCAACUCUAAGUUGGAAAGAUGGGAUGCUGCAAUUCAAGAUUACGAGGUGUUGAUGCAAGAAAUUCCUGGAGAUGAGGAAGUAACCAACUCACUGCUGGAGGCAAAGAUGCAACUCAAGAAGCAGCAUUUUGGUGAUCAUAAGGAAAGAAGACUAAAAUCGGGCACAUCUUCAAGUGGUAAAAGGGGAGGGUGGAGAAAUCCAGUUUUGCUUGAGGCUGUUGCGUUAAGGACUUACUGCGUACGAAUGGCAAUAGAAUUGGCAUCAAUGGAGGCUUUUAUUUUUUUGGCAAACGAGACAUUUGUCGAGCAAAUAUAUGAUCCUUUAGAGUACAAACUGGACAUGAUCCAAACAGGUCCUACACGUUUGGUAUUAAAGAAUGUUUACGAAGAAAAAGAAGAAGAUAAAAUUGUUCAAAUAGGAAGUAGGGCUGGACAUGGUCCGAUUUGGUUCGAUUCUAACGAGAACCGAACUGACUCGAGAUUUUCGGGUAUUUAA